AUGCAUUCUACUCCUUCCAGUUCUACAUACUCCUCUAACCCUUCUAGUCCUCUCCAUCUUCACUCCUCUGAUGUUCUUGGGUCGUGCUUGGUGACAGUUCCUUUCUCCGGUACUGGUUAUGGAGGUUGGAAAAGGAGUACGGUGGUUUCCUUGUCUGCAAAAAAUAAGAUUGCAUUCAUUGAUAGAACUUGUCCUAAACUGCCUGAUAAUUCUCCAACACUUCAACAAUGGAACAGAUGUAAUAAUAUGGUAAUAUCUCGGAUAACCAAUUCCUUAACCCCAAUUAUUGCUGAAUCUGUACAAUAUUCUGAAACUGCUGAAAGUAUUUUGAGACGGUUAGAGAGUAGAUAUGGUGCGGUCAAUGGAACCAAAGUCUUUGAACUUAACAAGGAACUUGCAUUUACUUCUCAGGGUUCCUCAGAUAUAGCCUCAUACUUUAACAAACUUAAGAAACUAUGGGAUGAGUUAGAGAUGAUGCGUAAGAAACAUUCAAAUUCUUGUGUCUGUCCUGCCAAGUCUGGUACUAAAAAGGAAGAGGAAGAAGAUAAAGUACACCAAUUCGUGAUGUUUUGA